AUGGCGAUGCAGCCGCCCGCGCCGCCCGUGGAUCGGAGCAGGAGUCCCUUCGGCCACGCAGGCUUCCCAGCGCCCGUCCCCCCCAGGCCUCAUCUGGUUCGCGUGGCAGCGAUCCAGCCCAAAGGUUCGGUCCCGCUACCGCCUGCCUUCAAUGCACCUCCUCUGCGGCCGCCGGUCCCAUCGGAGGAGCUUGGCCCUGCGGCACGGGAGCUUCAGCAUCUCAUCCAGAAGGAGCCACCGAAGACCGAGGAGCAGCUCAAGCUCGAGGCCAAUAUCCGGCUACAGCAAGCCGUCGAGUUCUGCGCUCAAUGCAUCCGACAGGGCCUAGGUGCAAUGCAGUAG